GAGGGAAAGUCACAGGGUUGUCAGGUGAUCAAUGGCGCGUCAUCUGUUAUUUUUGUAUUUUUUUUGUGUUUUAAAUGUCUCGUUUGCUCAAAUCUUCUCUGCGCUGUAUGAUGAGAAAACCGCAAAUCUAAUCGUGAAAGAGGGAUUUCACGCAAACUACGUCGCAGUCGCUAAUUUUACCGACGACAUUAAUAAAAGCGGUUGGUCCUAUCUGGAGGUCAGUACAUCUCUCAGUUAUAAUGACUCGUUACAGUCUUAUGCUGCUGGACUCGUGGAGUCUGCUGUCACAUCACAGCUCAUCUAUAAACACUGGAUGAACACACUGAUGGGAUAUUGUGGUCCAUUUACUCGUGAUCCAGAGUACUGUCAGCGACUCAAACAAUACAUUAACACAAACCUUGAGUGGAUCACACAACAGAUGAACGCACACAACGACUCUUCAUACUGGCAUCAGGUGCGUCUGUCUUUACUUCAGCUGAAGGGUUUGGAGGACGGUUAUAAUGGACAGGUGGAUUUUCCCAUUGGAAACUUUUCCAUUGACCCAUUUGGCUUCAUACUGUUUCAGUUGGGUGGAGAUUUGGAGGAUCUGGAGGCUGCGUUGAAUAAAUCCAGUCAGGCUCGUGCUGUCGGCUCUGGCUCGUGCUCCGCUCUGAUCAAACUCCUGCCGGGCAACAAGGAUUUACUGAUGUCACACGAUACCUGGAACACCUAUCAGUCAAUGCUGAGGAUAUUAAAGAGAUAUAAUUUUGCCUACCGCACGUCUCCGACCGAGAAGAGCAUUAUACCUGGAAGAAUUCAGGCCUUUUCUUCUUAUCCUGGCAGUAUUUUCUCAGGCGAUGAUUUCUACAUCCUCAGCAGUGGUUUGGUUACUAUGGAAACCACGAUUGGCAACAGUAAUGAUGAUCUGUGGAAAUUCGUGAAACCUCAGGAUGCCGUUAUGGAGUGGCUGAGAAACAUCGUAGCGAAUCGACUCGCUGAAGACGGACGAGCGUGGGCUGACAUCUUCAGCAGUUACAACAGCGGAACAUACAACAAUCAGUGGAUGAUAGUCGACUACAAACUCUUCGUCCCAGGAGAAGGACAGAUGAAACAAGGGCUUUUCACAGUCCUGGAGCAAAUACCUGGUUUGAUUAUAACAGCAGAUAAAACUGAGGAACUGUUGAAGACGGGCUACUGGGCGAGCUACAACAUACCGUAUUUUGAGGAGGUCUUCAAUGCGAGCGGAGGUCAGGAGCUGGUUCAGAAAUACGGAUCUUGGUUUUCCUUUAGUGAGAAUCCAAGAGCGCAGAUUUUCCGCAGGAACCAAACUCUCGUUACUGACAUCGAGUCGAUGGUGCGUCUUAUGAGGUACAAUAACUACAAGGAUGACCCUUUGUCCCGCUGUAAUGAAUGUGACCCGGUUCAGAACGGUGAGAACACCAUCUCGGCCCGCUCUGACCUUAAUCCUGCCAAUGGCACAUAUCCAUUUGGGGCUCUAAGACAGCGGUCGCAUGGUGGAACUGACAUGAAGAUGACGAGUUAUGAAAUGGUGAAGAACUUUGAGAUGUUGGCUGUCAGUGGUCCAGCGUGGGAUCAGGUGCCUGUGUUUCAGUGGAGCACCUCACCAUACAGCAAACUCCUUCAUAUGGGUCAUCCAGACCGCUGGGACUUCCACACCGUUCACGUCAAAUGGUCGACAUAGUCUGAUCACAAGUGCUCAUUGUGAAGAGUUUUGGGAUGUAUACGAUUUAUAACUAAAGAGAAUGAAUUUGUGCUUCAUGUGAUUUAAACAUGUACACAUUCCUCUGAGAUGUCUGUCUGUAUGUCUG